GUCCUUGUUUUCUCGUUUGGAAAAACGUUGUCCAAUGUAUGUGAAGUUUCUGUUAACCAGUUUGAAAAAAGCGCCUCUAGCGGACGAAACUGUGUGCCAAAUCUUUGACGAGACUACCUUAUACUCAAUCUACAGUGCUCUCGCUCACCUGAGCGCACCUUUCGCGCAGCCGCAGCGUGUCUUAACUUGUCUUGGAGGUGCACACUCACGAGUGGGACCGCAAAAGCGACACGAUCAGUCGCGAGCGAAAUUCACGAUUGGGGCCCGCAGAAGCCGCACGAUCAGUCGCGAGCGAAUCGAGUUGGAGCAAACGUCUCAAGCGGAAUCUCAAGUUGUAGCGCUAACCGCAGCGAACGGAGUGUAUCUGUGCAUCGCUGAAAUACAAAGUUGAACCAAGUUGGAAUUUGCCACCAGCAGUCGAAAUACGUCUCGAAUCGAAUUAAUACCCGCAAUUUGCAUAAGGCGCAACUAAGACGCGCUCUGUCAGUUAACCCACUUUCUAAACGACCAAACCAAAACAAGCCAAAAAGAAUAAUACUGCGACCGAUAUUCAGCAACAACGAAACCAAUUAACAAGCAAAUAAUGCCGAGCAAAUAACACCAAAUAACGUGCAAGUGAUUCAUGUUUUUUUCUUCAAAGUGAAGUGCUUAGGUAAAUCGAAGCUUAGAAGAAACAACAAAAAAAAUAGUUGACUGGAAAACGCACUGGAAGCGUUAACGAUACCUGGAACGCCCCCGACCAACGACUGUCAGUCAGUUGAAACCGCAACUGCAGCAGCAGCAUCAUCUACUCGGCUUAAAGGAAACACAACAACAACAACAAAGUACGGAUUGCAAACAGACCGGAUUGUAAAUACCAACCGAACAAACUGAGGAAAACCACGCGACAGGUGAAUAAAGUUCAAGCAGAAUAUGGCCUUAGGUUUCUCGUCGGCGUGAUAAAAGCAGCAAUAAAUCCCCAUCGCGAUGUCGUCCUCGAUCUGUUCGCACUUCACCCAGAAUGCCUGGAAGAAGGACUUGUGCUCGAACUGCUUCAAGUCCAAGGACGAACACAAGGCGGCCGCAGCAGCAGCUGCAUCCAAAUCGAGUGGCAGCCAUAAAGCAGACAAGGAGGUUAAGACCGAUUACCCCAACAAACACAAAACCCCGGCCAAGAGCAUAAUUAAGAAGGCUUUCGGCGUGAGGCUGACGGGUUCCAGUUCGAGUUCCUCCGCUGGAAAAUCCACAAACUCCAAAGGCGGCAAGGUGUGCUUUCCCAAGCAGCUGCACGAGGUCAUAGGUUACGGCGGUGAAUGGUCGGAGGACGAUGAUGACGACGACGAUCACGACUUUAUGAACCUGGGCAACGAGCACGAUGACAUGGCCAUUACCGAAACGGACGACGAGGAGACCGUUGAGCUGAAGAGGAUCACCAGGGCCAAUACCGAUUUCAAUAUGAACAACGGCAAUCUGCUGGGCGAUGCCGAGGAGAACAUCAAGAAAUCCUUUGCAGCUCUGAAGUUGGGUGCUCCUCAGGUGGACAAAGAGGGCAAGAAGCAGACCCUGACGAUCAAUGUGAUGCCUUUUGGUCAGCCCAUUGGCAAAACGCAAGCAACCCAAGCCAAAACUGCACCAGCGGAAGGCAAAAGCAGCACAGCAACAGCAACAGCAACAUCGGUUGCAACACCGGCAAAAGCCAAACCAGCAACCAUAACAACAACAACCACAACAACAACAGCCAUCAAGAGUAGUAAUAUAACUACGGGAACUGCCAGUGUUACCAAAAAGGUGACCACCACCCUAACACCCACACUAACCAUGGCCAAAAGCACAACUGCAACGCCAACAACAGGGGCAACAUCUUCGCGAGAUGGCAAAGAUAGUCCGCCCAUAGAACGAGCGAUGGAGAAGUCACUUUUAGAUGAAAUCUCCGAGACUUUGGAGCAGAAACAGAAGCUGAGUGAGACAAGUGCAACUGCAACGGCAACUUCAGGCGGAAACAGCAGCAACAUCUCCACUUCCAGCAGCAACAGCAAGAUCAAAUUCGAGCUGAGUGCACUGAGUGACUCCCCGAAGCCAUUUCUCGACCUUAAGAAGCCAAUCGCACGGAAUGCGCCCAUCACCAGGGACCAAGCCAAACCCAAGGUGAAUGUGUGCCACAAGUACUCGGAUACGGACAGCAAUUGCUCGGAUACGGAAAACGGAGUCUCCGCCUACUAUGAUGUGGUGGAAACCCAGUUGAGCUACGAGAACCUCCCAGAUGGCAAGUACUCCGAGCAGGUGGGCGUGGCCACUGCCGCCCAAACGGAGAGUUCGGGUAACUCGCACUACUCCAGUUCCCAGUACAUUACGGAUAUGCUGUUGAGUUCGAAAACCCGGGCAGCCAGCUACAAUCUUCACGAGGGGAACUUCAUGACCAGCAAGAUCACCUCCGAUGGGUUGAUUGUCACCAAGUGCAGUUCGGAUGACGCCUUGGAUUCCACGGGCAGCAGUUUCGAUGGCAGUUCGGACGAGGAGAAUGCCUACAAUAUGAUUCGCAGUGAAUCGGAUUCCGGAAUCGGAAUAAGCCUGGGAAGUGAGUACAAAAACCUGGGAUUGGCCAAGGGAGCAAUCAACGGAGAACAGCGACAGAAUUUGGUGGAGAAGAAACUGAGUGCUAGUACCAAUAACUCGGAUUAUGAAGAUAUACAAAUAGGAGAUCAGGCGGUGACCAAACCGGCGGUCAAAAGCAGGGAACUCCAUGGCGAACCCGAUGGAAGUGCCGAUCCGGAUAACAGCCUUGAACAAAAGCAAAAACUAAACCAGCAAAAGGAUCAAGAGCAACAGCUUCCUGCGCUGCCCAAAUCCCCACCACCCCCCAUGAAAAUCGAUGCCCGGCCCUCGUUUCUUCAUGGCCUAAAGAAGCCGGAAUUGCCAGUGAAACCUUUGGUCAACAGCCAUCCCAAUAAUUCAAGCAGCAACUCACCAUUGAAGAGCUUCCUGGGGAAGCGACAACCCAGCUGCGCGGAGCAGCAAUUCAUCAGCCAACUGCAGUCGGCCAUUUCCAAGUCCAGCGAGAGUCUAAUGUUGGCCAAAGAGAAUCUGUCCGCCGACGAUUCAAAGCUGAAAAAGGGCAAAGCUCCGAAUCCGCCGCCGGAGACAAAACUGAGCGCUCCGCCCACGCCGGAACGAGAUUACAGUUUGGUAGUUGAGUUCGAGCAGGCGACGAAAGCGGCAGCAAAGCCGGCGGAAAAGACCACGUCACCGGGUGACACAUCAUCAGCACCAUCAUCAUCUUCUGGCGAGAAUCAAGCCACAGGUGUUUCUUCAGUCACGGGAGGAGCAACAACCACUGCUGCAGCUGCAACUGCAAGUGCAACAGUAACCAGCAACAGCAAUUUGUACACCCGAAAGCCAGCUCUUCCGGUGGCCGCAGCCGCUCCCGUCAUCCGGGAAAAGGAUAAACGCGAAAGGGCCGUAAUAAAUCCCAAGUUCCGGAGUCUCAACACCUUCGUGAUGCAGCGGGCCAAUGCGGCCAAGCAAGUGCAACUGCAGUCGGCCAGCUCGGUGCUGAGCCUCAAGCAACCGAUGACGCCAGAGCCAACGCCCCGGAACCAUCGUCAUCUCUCCAUGUCGGAGGAGUGCCUAGCCGCCGCCGGUUUGGAUAAGAAAUCCCCAACGGCAUCGCCUCCCCAGAAGCAGAAGUCCAAGUUCUCCAUCAAGAAGUUCCUGCGCAUGGGCAGCAAUGGAGGCGGUUCGAAGUCCGGUGAGUCCCUGGCCAAAAAGGAGGCCAGCAUGUAUACGGAAAUCUGCACAGGAACCGAGGAGGGCAGUCCUUCGGGUAAACCCCGUCUGGUGAUUAUUCAUCCAAUCGAUAUUAAUCCCACGGCUGUGGAAGUGGUGAAGGACAUCACCAAGACAGGUGACUCCGUUUCGGCGCAAACUGUGGCCGUGGUUACUACCAAACCACCUGCCCCGCCCCUUCGAUCGAGCGCCAGUGAGGGGCAGCGCGCCCACGAGGCCAACAAGCCGGCACGCCCACCGCCGCCCAAGAGCGCCGAACUCCGGCGGAAGCAGAAGACCGAGCUGACCGCCACCCUGAGCUCCAGCAGCGUGGACUCCACCGUCCUGGCUCUGCCAUCCGGCACCGGAUCCGUCAAGCUGAAGGCCGACAACGUCUACGCCAACUUAGGGGAAAUCCGCUCCUCAAUCGCGCCACGCAAACCAGAGCGCACGGCCAGCAUGCGGGAGCGGGAGGCCCAACUGGAGCUGGUGCGCAAGCGCGGAGUCCUCACCGACACUAUCUCCAUUUGCUCGUCAAACGGUGACAAUGGUGCCGCGGAUCAGGGCAAGGCGAUGGCCAAGACGAGUGCCACCGCGACUGGCCAGGAAGCAGGAGGGAAGUCCGCAUCGACUGCCAACAGCAGGACAAGCACCUUUGAAAGAACGCCGCAGAAGAAGAGCGAACCGAAGAUGUCCAUUUCCAGUAAGCUGGAGAUCUUCGAACAGCGAUCCAUCGAUGCUGCGGAUGCUGCCCAACGGAGCAGCCUCAAGGAUUCGGUGCGGAAGAUCAACAGCACCAUCGAUAGUUAUCUGAAGGACAAGCGCGACUACGAGAACAUGUAUGAGUUCGUGAAGAUGGGUUCCCCGCCACCGCCCACGGCUACUGGCAACACCACUCCCACGCCCUCCACUUCGACUCCUCCGCCGCCUCCCACGCGCAGUAACAUCGAUCUGUCCGUCGCGGGUCAGCGGCUUACCCAGGCCACAAGGCGCAACAACAUCUACUCGGACACGGCCUCCAUUGCCAGCUACACGCGCAGCGAGUACGGACCGGUGCGGAACUACGGAUUGAACAACAGCUUGGCCAACAUUCCACGCAUCAUCUCCGCCUCGUAUGCGGGCAGCGAGGUGGGCGAGUUCGAUAUCUACGCUCCGUACAGUUACUACGGCAGCGAGGCGGGCGGCGAUGUGGCCACGGACAUCAACGACAGCGUCUGGGGCAUGCCACAGGCCAAUAAGAACCGCAGCAAGGCCACGAAUCGUUUGCGCAUGCGCAAAGGACGCAGUGUCGUGCACAAGACCAUCGAGGAUAACUACACAGCCGUGGUUGUGGCUAAUCACGAGGCCCUCGCCCAGGUGCUAGAUCAGCUCCAGCAAACUCCAGUGGUGCCGGCGGCCCUGCGUCCUCUGGCCAAUGCGAUCAACUUGCGCUACGAGGACUUCACCAUUCUGGAGGGAGCCCAGGCCUUCGUCGUGGGCAAGAAGGCGUUCCAUGCCGCCCUGUGGAGCUCCUCGCCAGUGACCUUGGCCCUGUCGGCCGACUGCAACCAACUGGGAGGAGUUGGUGGUGAGCUGAGCCAGCUGACCGGCGGCGUGAGCGAUGUGCUCAACCCGGUGACGGAGUUCUGCGACCUGGUGCCCAGCUAUCAGCUGCCUCUGAUGCCCUCCACCGAAGUCACCCUGCUGCAGGCCACCAUCUCGGUGCUGCCGAGAUUGCAGCUGGAAACUCUUCAAUCUAUUGGAUCAAUACUCAAGGGGAAAUCGCAGGUGCUGGACAAGAGCAACUUCAACUUCCGUGGCUCCAUUCCGAAUCUGAGUGGCCUGAAGGAUGGGAACAGUUCGAUGGCUGGGAAUCUGAGGAACGUGGUAUCGGUGCAGAAUCUGAGUACCCUGAACGAGGAAUCCUCGGCCACAUCGAUGGGUGCAGAGGAGGGAUCGGCGAGUGCAAAUGCCAUGCCAGCAUUCGAUGAUGUGAUGACGCGCGAGGUGGCCUUCAUCAUGCUGCAGCUGGUCAACGGAAUGAAGAACCUGCAGGCCAAGGCGAUCGAGGAGACGCCGCUCAGUCUCUCCAAUGUGGUGCUGUCCAAGGACAUGGACAACAAGGACGCCCAAGCGCGACUCUGCGUGCUGCAGGGAAACAACAACGACGAUGAUGAGCCCAUGGGAACCCUGUGCAAGUGCGCCCACUCUGCCUUGACCGACAUGCUGCCCGCCACCAAGAUCACGCCCAUUUUGGCGGACAUCCUGCAGCAGGAGCGAGCUGAAUCCCUAUCGAAGGCGAAGGCAGUGCUGGAAUUUGUACUGUGGGGUCCUUCGGAUGUGGCGCUCACCGGAUCCAUCAAGGAGCGGGAAUUGGCCCUUCAGCGGUGGUUGGACUUGGAAAGAGCCACCGUGCUCCAUGGAUUGGUGCGAACCCGGGUCGAACUGACCGUUUACGACGAGUGUCAUCUGAUGUUCCUCGUCCGCUCCACGGCCAAAAUGAUGAACGAUGCGGUCAAGAUUGUGUGCAGUUACCAGCAGACGAAUGGAUCUGCCAGCCAGGAUUAGUUUCAGUUCUACUGCUGGCUAACCCUGCUCAAUGCUAAAGGAAUUAUCUUAUAAAUACUAUACGAAACUGUCAUAGACACUUAGUCCUUAGAGUCAACGAAUGAUAUCUUCUGAAUCGCCCCAUAUAAAAACAUACUAUACAUAUUAUUCUAUAUCUUUGCCCAGCGUGCCAAAUUGUUUCGCGCGGAAAUUGUCAUGUAAAAAUAUGCUCAUCGUAUGAAAACUCAAACGAUUUGUGCAACUUUAAUUAAUUUGUAAUCUACCAUUAAGUCAUUAAUCUAAACGAAUAUUUAUAUUUCCCUAUACGAGUACGUAAUUAUGUAUACUUCAUCAGAUUGCAACUAUUAUCUAUGAGUAUGCCAACAGUUUGAUUAGCAAAACAAAUCUUUUUGGUGUUUGAACAAAUACAUAUAAUGGUAUAAAUAAACAAAAUACUGUCUAAAUAAAUAAAUGGAAACAUAUAA